CGCGUGACCCGGGACCUGGCUAUAAAUGAACCAUUGCGGGAGCUCCGACGCUCAGGGCAUCGGCUUCGAUCCCUCGUCUCGCUUCCGGCUUCGGUUCGAUCCCCUCCUUUCGGAUUACUUCAGCAUCCGAUUCUUUCACCAGGUGUUCUGUUGAAUAAUGCUUGGUAGGAGUUCAGAGUCGGGAGAUUUGGACAUUUGGUUUAAGCGCCUCAUUGUGUCUGGUGGUGGAGGGAAGAUGGAGGGGGCAGGGGAUGUCAUGACAGGUUGGAAGGACCUCCCUAUGGAACUUUUGCUGCGAGUCCUGUCUCCAGUGGACGACCGGACUGUGAUUGUGGCUUCAGAUGUUUGUACCAGCUGGAGAGAUGCACUGCGGUUGGGAAUUACUAGUAUUUCUCUAUCAUGGUGCAAGUACAACAUGAACAGUCUUGUGAAAUCGCUUGCCCCUAAGUUUGUGAAGCUGCAGGUGUUGACACUUCGACAAAAUUAUCGACCUCAGCUUGAGGAUGAUGCUGUGGAGAUUGUUGCUAGGUACUGCCAUGAUUUGAGGGAUCUAGACCUUAGCAAAGGCCUGAAACUGAGUGACCGCUCUUUGUAUGCUUUGGCCGAUGGAUGUCCCCACCUAACAAAACUAAACAUCAGUGGCUGUGAAGCCUUCAGUGAUUAUGCUCUUGUAUACCUGAGUAGUUGCUGCAAAAACCUGAAAAACUUGAACCUUUGUGGAUGUUCGGCAGCUGCAUCAGACAGAGCUCUACAGGCUAUUUCAUUUAAUUGCCCUAAAUUGCAGUAUUUGAAUUUGGGCUGGUGUGAAGACAUCAGUGAUGAAGGAGUUACCAAUUUGGCAGUAGGUUGCCCUGAUCUCAGGGCGUUGGACUUGUGUGGCUGUGUUCAUAUAACAGAUAAAAGUGUGAUUGCAUUGGCAAAUGGCUGUCCGCAUCUGAGAUCUCUCGGCUUGUAUUACUGCCAAAACAUCACUGAUCGGGCCAUGUACUCGCUCGCAAACAGCCGUGCAAGGAACGACACUCGGAUGUGGCAGAACAGCAGCCAUGACCAAGAAGGACUAGUUAACCUGAACAUCAGCCAGUGCACGGCCUUGACACCUCCGGCAGUCCAAGCUGUUUGUGACUCAUUCCCAGGGCUUCAUACCUGCCCCGGAAGGCACUCACUCAUCAUCAGCGGCUGCCUCAGCCUCACUUCUGUUCACUGUGGUUGCACCUUUCAAACUUCCCGUGCCGGUGGAGCAACUUUAGCAUCGCCACACAACAUUGCUACACCAAUUAACGACGAGCAAGCUAAUUCUGCCGGAGAAUGAACCUCCACCGGUGAUAAAAGUUGGUCAUGGUCGCGGGUUGACUUUCUGUCCAGAGUUGCAUGUCAUCAUGACUUCCAUAGAUGAAAAGAAGAAAAGAUCAUGCUGAAACACAGCUACUAUGGUACAAUCUUUUCCCAUGUUUCCCAUUCAUUUCGUUAAAAUUCUUAUGAUCAUGAUAGAGGAUAUGAAUUGCCGAUAUGAUGAGAGAGAGGAGAGACUCCACCUUCGCUCAACUGGUAUUUCCCUUGGACCGACGCACUGCUUAGAUCAAGACCAGCUUAUAUCGACGUCGGGGAGAGGGAUGCGAGGAGCAGCAAGCAAGAACAGCUCUGAUUUCCGAGAUGCAGUUCCCCCCAUAUUCUCUGUCAUGUCCAGAUCUCCUGGCUUCAUGGCAUGGGGAAGUUCCCAGUCGAAGUAGAAGAGAAGAUCAGCCAGCAGCAGCUCGACGGCCGCCAACGCAAACUGCACGCCGGGGCACAUCCUCCUCCCAGCUCCGAAGGGUAUGUACUCGAAGUUGGCCCCCUUGAAGUCGACAGGACUUCCUUGGAACCUCUCAGGCCGGAAGCACUCGGCGUCGUCGCCCCAGUAUGUUGGGUCCCUCCCCAGUGCCCAGGCAUUGACGACGACCCUGCUUCCUGCCGGUAUCUUGAAUCCCAGCACCUGCGACGUCUCCCUGCCUACUCUCGGGAUCAGCAAGGGCGCUGGCGAAUGCAGUCUCAGUGUCUCCUUGAUUACUAGCUUCAAGUAGCUGAGCCCCUCCGCAUCACGUUCCUCCACUUUACCCUUGCCUCUCAUGGCUUCUCUCACUUCCUCCUGUGCUCUCUUCAUCGUCUCGGGGUUCCUCAUCAACUCCGACAUCGCCCAUUCCAGCGUCGUCGACGAGGUGUCAAUCCCUCCCACGAAUAUAUCCUGACAAGGAGAGGAAGAAAAGAUGAGGAGAUCGAGUCGCAACAGUCCUAACCACAAUCGACUCAAGGCUCAAAUCAGAUUAGAAUAAAAAUCAAAUUGAUUCGAUGAUUCCUCAA